AUGGCUACUGAAGAGCAAAGAAAACUCUUAAUAGAGUUAGUUGAUUGUUGCUAUAAGAGAGGUACUAUUCAAGAUAAAGAUCUGAGAGAAACUGCAAAUAAGCUUUCUGAAGCAAUUGGUCCAAAUCAUCCUGUUACUCAUGCUUUUAAAGAACAAACUGUUUAUGCUGAAGAAUCUAAACAAAAAAAUGAAGAAAGAAUUCGUGGUGGUUUUGAGGGUACUUAUGAGGAGCAUGUCGAAUAUAUUGGUAUAUGUUUCAUUAUGGAUGAUGAAACUCCGUCUGAAUGGAGAAAUAGGAUUUGGGAUCGCCUAAUGUAUUUUCGAAAUAAAAAAUAUUAUACAUUUGGUGAGAAAGACUGCUUUUAUGCUCGCAAAGCAUUAUCACAUCUUGUUGAUGGACAAAAAAUCUAUCCAUUUUGUAGAAUGGCUAUCUGUUACUCAUGCAAUGAACUUAUAUAUCUUGGAAUAGAACACUUGUCAGUUGGUGUGAGAUGUGUUUAUAACGCAUUGGAGGGUAAGUUUAUAACUAAGAAAUUCAGAGACAUUAGCUUUAAUGAAACACAUUGGGGUAUGUAUCAACAUUGGGCUACUGCUUGUACCGGAAAUAGGUUUUGUAAACUAAAUUUCAAAGAAUACAUGGAAAUGAAACAGCGGAUCCCAUUGGACAAGUGGAUGAGCUUCCAUCAAUAUGAUUUGCAGAUAAAUCAAUUUGGUAAAUUCAGGCGCAGAGGACCAUACACUAGUAUAAUUGAUAAUAACUAUAUCCUAAAAAAUUUUGGCAUUUAUGCUGAAGAAAAACUAUAUAGUUAUGCUUUAUGGUUAGAAAAUAUUAGCAGAAGAAUUAGGCGCAUUAGACAGAGACCAACAAAUACUUACUCAAAUAAUAUAUUAGCGCAAAACAAACUUUUAAUGGUUUCCAUGCAGAGUUUUGAGCUUGUAAAGGCUUUAGUCAAUGGGGAUCCAUUCAACUGUAAUUUUUCAGAUUCAACCCUAGAAAUUGUGGGGAAACCCUGGGUAUCCAUUAGCCGACUAGUACUGGAUUCAAUUCCACGGACGUAUAGGGGUACUUUGACUUUAAUCUUGCAAGUUUCAGAAGUCUAUAUGUGGAAAGCGGAAAGUAACAUUUGGAAAAAUCCUGCCUUUGAACCUCAGAAUGCUAAAUCUCAGAGUGAGGGAACGUACAUAACAGAUGUAAUUGUUCCUGUUAUCCGCUCUGCACUGAAAAAGCUCCCAAUUGGAAAAUCAGCUUUUAUUAGCAUGGCCAAGCAUCAAAGUAUGGCUAGUGCAGAUAGAAGAGGAAAACAAGAGAAAUGA